AUGCUUGGUCUUCGCGCCCGCGCAGCGGCGCAGCUCCCGCGCCCGUCCCCAUCUCCCUCCUCCGCUCCUGCGGCGUCGCUCUCGCUCGCGAGGCUCGCGUGCGCCUCCCCGCUCGCCGCCCUCGCGCCUCUGGCGGCCGCACCGCCGUCGGCGAGGGCGACUCAGCCGGCCUCUCUGUCCGCCAGGUGGGCCGCGCCCAUGCGUCCCGGGGGAACCGGUGGCCCCUCCAGGCCGACCACACGCGUUCUCUGCACUGCCGCCGGCAGCGUCCAAAGAGAGGGGAAAGAAUUGCUAGUUCAGCACUUGCUUGUCGGUGAAAAGGAUGUCAGACUUCUGGUUGAUCUCGAAAAGAGUAUCAUUGCAGGAGGAGCAGACUUGAGUGAUUUGGCUGUGGAGCACUCCUUAUGUCCAUCCAAAGAAAAUGGUGGUAUGCUCGGGUGGGUUCGAAGGGGACAGAUGGUACCAGAAUUUGAGGAGGCAGCAUUUAGUGCUCCUUUGAACAAAGUUGUACGAUGUAAGACAAAAUUUGGAUGGCAUCUAUUGCAAGUUCUUGCUGAGAGGGAUCAAUGCGUACUGCAAGACAUUGACCCAGAAGAGCUUCACACAAAAAUGCAAGACCCUAGUUUUCUCGAAGAGGCUCAAUUGAUUGAUGUUCGGGAGCCUGAUGAAGUGGUGAAAGCUUCACUUCCAGGCUUCAAAGUUCUACCGCUCCGCCAAUUUGGGACCUGGGGACCAGUUAUGACAGAUGAGUUUAAUCCUCAAAAGGACACUUAUGUUCUGUGCCACCAUGGCAUGCGCUCAAUGCAGGUGGCUAAAUGGUUGCAGUCACAUGGUUUCAAAAAAAUUUACAAUGUCGCAGGUGGAAUUCAUGCCUAUGCGGUUAAAGCCGACUCCUCCAUCCCAACGUAUUAG